UUGAGCUGUGUGGCUGUAUAGUGCUGCCUCUGUUCAGAUGAGCUCACACGGUCGAUGCGCACAUCUCCCAGUCUCAACACACUGAGUGUGUGAGUGGGAAUGAAGAGGACAACACGUUCAAAACAGGGGCUGUGGACUUUUUAAGGACAGUUUAUAAAGACCUAUAUAUACAUUUAAAUAUAGGGAUAUUUGGAGAGAGUACCGGAUAUUGAACACCACGCGUCUCUUUGGCUCUUUUUUGGAGAUCCGAUGGAUUUCUUCUUGUCUCAUCGGCGCUCCUGAACGCACUCCCAGCACCGGGGGGUUUGGAUAGCGCUGCGAGGACCGAGGCUGUGCGCGCUCCUGCUCGCCUUUUCUGCCUUCCUCCCUCCCUUCCUCCCUUCCUUCCUCUACUAUGCGAUACCAACACUUCUGCCCAUCAUCACACUCCGUGCAGUUCAAAACAACCGAGGUCUCGUUUGGAAGGACGCCAAGACCCAGCAUCAAGAAUCUGCAAGUUCAGUCCAAUAAAUUGUGACAUAGUCUGUCAGCCUUGGCUAAAGAAAUCGAUACUCUCCACCCCCCUCCCCCCAAGGAAAGGCACACGAUAUUCUUUUGGAAUUUUAACGAUCUAUCUCUUUUUUUUUCGACUCCGGCUCAUAAAUAUGCGAUCCGGCGGGAGGGUUGCUGUGGUCCGGCUUUACCGCGUUUUUUAGUCUCCGGUAUAAGCCGCGGUGAUUGUGACCAGAUUAUUGUUGUGUUGCUUGUCCAUGCAAGACUUGGGGUGGAAACAUGUCUGGCCACUUCUCUGAGAGGAUCACUGCUAUCAGAGAUGGCAUUUUGGUCCAGCACUUCGGUAUUCACCUCUAAAGUGCCCCGGAAAAUCUUAUUCAUGUUCACCCUCUCCCUGUCCGUCACCUACUUGUUCUACAGCUUGAUGAGCUGCUACAACUCGCUGCAGUUCCCCCUGCAAGAGAACUACGGGUAUCCGGGGAGACUCGUGACCGAUGAGACAACUUUUGUGACGCUGAGGGAAAAACUUUACUCCACUUCCUUCCAGGGCCACACCGCCGAGGAGGGUUUGGCCGACGAGGGGCGACUUGCCCCCGGGAAAACGACCACGAUCCCGGACCCCGAAGAUGUGGAGACGGAACAAAGGACAGAGGAGUGGAUUAGGACUGACCUGUCGUCAUCCCCGACUAGAUCGUCCGCGUUUGCGGAUCGCACCGGCGCCGCGGAGAAGGAGCAUCAGGACUUCAGCCCCACGGACAGCGACCUCCGGGUGAACUGCACCACCUCGGAUUACGGGGAGAAGAAACUUCCCCAGGCCAUUAUAAUUGGGGUAAAAAAAGGAGGAACUAGAGCCCUGCUUGAAGCUUUGCGAGUGCACCCGGACGUCAGGGCCGUCGGGAACGAACCGCAUUUCUUCGACAGGAACUACGAGAAGGGUCUGGAUUGGUACAGAGACCUGAUGCCGUCCACCCUGGAGGGCCAGAUCACCAUGGAGAAGACGCCCAGCUACUUUGUGACCAACCACGCGCCCAAACGCAUCCACACCAUGGCCCGGGACAUCAAGCUCAUCAUCGUGGUGCGCAACCCUGUCACCCGCGCCAUCUCGGACUACACGCAGACCCUCUCCAAGAAGCCCGAGAUCCCCACCUUUGAGGUGCUCGCCUUCAAGAACCGGACCCUGGGCCUGAUCGACGCGUCGUGGAGCGCCCUGCGCAUCGGCAUCUACGCGCUGCACCUGGAGAGCUGGAUGCAGUACUUCCCGCUCUCGCAGAUGCACUUUGUGAGCGGCGAGCGGCUCAUCGUGGACCCGGCGGGCGAGAUGGCCAAGGUGCAGGACUUCCUGGGGCUCAAGCGCAUCGUCACGGACAAACACUUUUACUUCAACAAGACCAAGGGGUUCCCGUGUCUCAAGAAGCCCGAGGACAGCAGCACCCCCCGGUGCCUGGGCAAGUCCAAAGGGAGGACUCAUCCCAGAAUAGACCCGGACGUGAUCCGCCGGCUGCACAAGUUCUUCAAGCCCUUUAACAUGAUGUUCUACCAAAUGUCCGGACAGAACUUUGAGUGGGAGCUGGGGGAGGCGGCCGCGGCCGCUGCGCCGCGUAGCUCUCAGGACUAGCAGGGGCCUCGCAGUGCUAGCGUGCUAGCAGUGCUAGCUGGCUAGCGGGCACAGCAAAAGAUCAGCCACACCACCAGCCUUCUUAAUGACAUUGACCUCUUCAUCACGCUUGCGCUCUCUCUUGUCGCGAGGGUGCGCCCGAGCACAUACUGUUACUCACCUGACGUGUUCCCCCCGCGGUCACGCCCUGUCUGUAUCCAUGAGCAAAGAGUUUACUUGACAUGCUUUUAUCCCCCAGCCCUCCCACCCUGUCUCUCCCUUCCUCUCUCUCUCUCUCUCUCUCUCUCUCUCUCUCUCUCUCUCUCUCUCUCUCUCUCUCUCUCUCUCUCUCUCUCUCUCUCCCUCAGCUCUUAUGUCACCAAAAGGUGUCGCAGACAUCGUUGUACAUAUUAUACAUAAAAUACAUUUAUAUUUGUGAAGAGGACAUCAUUUAUUGCU